CACACAUAUUUGAAAUUUGCGUGCUUGUAUGAAAUUCACUGUAUUUUGUGUCUCAGGCCAGCUAACCCACUGUAUCAGAUGCCCUGUAGCAUAUCAUGCCAAUGAUUACUGCAUACCUGCUGGGAGUGUCACUCUAACCCACAGCAACAUUGUGUGUCCCAAUCACUUCACACCAAGAAAAGGCUGCCACAACCACGAGCAUGUCAACGUCAGCUGGUGCUUCGUCUGCUCAGAAGGAGGUAGUCUGCUGUGUUGCGAGUCAUGUCCUGCAGCACUUCACCAAGAGUGUCUGAACAUCGACAUGCCAGAAGGCAGCUGGUACUGCAAUGAUUGUCGUGCUGGAAAUAAACUGCACUACAAGGAGGUAGUGUGGGUGAAAGUUGGCCGCUACAGAUGGUGGCCGGCAGAGGUUAGCAAUCCCAAAGAUAUUCCCGAGAAUAUCCUACGCAUUAGACAUGAUGUCGGAGAGUUCCCAGUUCUUUUCUUUGGCUCUAAUGACUACCUCUGGACUUAUCAAGCCCGUGUUUUUCCUUACAUGGAGGGCGAUGCCAACAGUAAAGAGAAAAUGGGAAAGGGGGUUGACUCUACUUAUAAGAAAGGUAUCUUUCAUAAAUUAUUUCAUUUUGCUAUUGCUAUUAAUAAUGCAAGUGCCGUACAACUUUUCUAAACAGUCAAAUUAACAUUUUUAGCUCAGUGAACACUAAGACUGGUGUUAAAAUUGAUAUCUAUAAUUAUUAUUCAUGUCAUUGCCCAUAUUAAUGUUCUAGAAAAUUCUGAAUU